AACAACCUCUUACACAAUAGCAACCAAAUAGUCAAGUAGCGUCAUUGAUAGUAUUUAUAGUAUUUAUAUCAAUGGCAUACAGCAUGGAGACGUUAUGGGCGUAUUUACCAAAAAAUAAUAAUUAUUAUUAUUUUAUGUCUGCCUAGGUAAUUAGGUAUUGUUGUUUCUCCCCUUUUAUUUUGCCAAUCUCACCUGGACUUCAUAAUGGCCCCUUCGUUAGCCUCUUCUUUGAAAGACCCUAGCCUUCUAGUCGAGAAGACAUAUAUCAACGGCCAGUGGUUGUCUUCAAAAUCUCAAAAAACAUUCCAAGUCCGAAACCCCGCUUCGGGACAAGUAAUUGGAACCUGUCCGGAGUCAACGGUAGAAGACCUAAACGACGCGAUACAAGCUUCUUCACAAGCAUUUCCUAAGUGGAGGGCACUCUCCGGAAGGCAACGAGGACGCAUACUACGGCGCCUAUUUGACCUUAUCGUUGAAAAUAAGGAAGAUAUUGGAAGGAUUAUUACAGCCGAGAAUGGAAAGGCUAGAGGAGAUGCCGAAGGUGAAGCGUUAUUUUCGGCUAGCUUCUUUGAAUGGUUCGCUGAGGAAGCCCCCCGAAUCUACGGGGAUGUAGUGCCACAUAGCACUCCGAACGGCAGGAUUCAGAUUCUCAGACAGCCAGUUGGCGUGUGCGGCCUCAUAACCCCCUGGAACUUCCCCAUGGCCAUGGGCGCACGAAAAAUUGCCGCGGCACUCGCUGCCGGAUGCACAGUUGUCUUGAAGUCGGAUGGUUUGACGCCAUUCUCUUCAAAUGUAUUAGCUGUGCUAGGGGAGCGUGCAGGUAUCCCCAAAGGUGUCUUCAACGUCAUAACAGCACUCGAGAACACGCCAUCACUCGGUCUUGCCCUUUGUCAAUCGGAUGCAGUCAAGAAGAUAUCGUUCACCGGUUCCACGAGAGUCGGCAAAAUAUUAAUGCAACAAUCAAGCAGCACGCUUAAAAAACUGAGCUUGGAACUUGGAGGUAACGCUCCAUUCAUCGUUUUCGACGACGCGGACGUCGAAGUAGCGGUAGCCAGCGCCCUUGUGAGUAAGUUUAAGGUAACUGGCCAGACUUGUGUCUGCGCCAACAGAAUAUUCGUACAAGAAGGCAUAUACGACAAGUUUAGCAGAAGACUUGUGGAGGAGGUCAGGAAGUUCCGCGUUGGCGACGGGUCGGGCGAUUCCAUUACUCACGGACCUCUUACUACGGGCGUUAGCAAGGUAGAAGAACAUGUUGAAGAUGCCAUCAGCAAGAAAGCGAAAAUCCUACUCGGUGGCAAACGAAUUCCCGAUCUCGGCACAAAUUUCUAUGAGCUUACUAUCCUAGGCGAUGUUGACGAUUCGAUGAAGGUGAUGAGCGAAGAAACAUUCGGACCCCUCGCGGCGUUAACCAAAUUCAAGACUGAAGACGAAGUAAUCCAGAGGGCCAAUAGCGUCGAGGUAGGAUUAGCUUCCUAUCUCAUCACCAACGACCUAGCUAGGUCGCAUCGCGUAUCAGAAAGGCUAGAGUUCGGUAUGGUUGCUAUCAACACUGGCGUUAUUUCGGAUCCAGCGGCGCCUUUUGGGGGAGUUAAACAUUCCGGCAUGGGUCGCGAAGGUAGCAAGUAUGGACUUGACGAUUACCUGGUGCACAAAUCUAUUAUCAUUGGGAAUGUCAAUACCGAAUACAAGCUAUAGUUCAUUUGUAAUUCAUAGACUAGAUUACAUCAUAGAAAUACAAUGAACUAGUAUAUGCC